GUUGUUUACUUUUUUACUUUGCGUGCAGCGGAAAACCGGGCCGAAUUGAACUGCUCGAAUUUUUUUUAUUAUUUUUUUUUGCCACCCUUGCCGCCGUAUUUUGCCGCAAAUUGGUGUAAAUAGAAGAGAGGAAGCGAUUGUAAUGAAAGCGCGCGGUUUUUUCAGUGUGUGAAAAUGUAUCGAAAAUGAAAGAAGUGAAGAAGGCGCAAAGAGAGCUGCUAAAGAAGUGCGUGCCGAAAAAAGAGAGCGGCGAAAAGUGCCAAAAAUAAAACGACAAAAUAGAAACCGAAAGAAAAAUAAAUUAAAACAGGCUCCGGAGAAAGGCGAUCGAAAGGAGAAGAACGAACGAAGAGUGAGAGAGGCGAAAGCAACAGCAACAAGUGGGCGAAGAUGUGCAAAUGACAAAUUGGUCAAAACUCCGACUCCUGUUUCCCUCGCUCUCUCGCUCUCUCUCACGCACUCCCUCGCGCUCACGCACACUCGCACGCACAUCCCCGUCAUUGGCCAUCUCGCUCGCACGCGUUGAAAACGAGAACGGGAACAGGAACAGGAAUUGGGAACAGCCGACGGUCAAGUUCAAGUGGGAACGGAAACGGAAGGCGCACGGAAAACAUGCGGAGACCCUUUACAGCUUUGAAUCGCAAUCACUACUUCGUCAUCGGCCUGCUCCUGGGCCUCCUGCUCAGCUGGCACAUUCCGCAGGACAUCUGGGAGGAGGAGUGUCCCGAGGAGGCCGCCGAGAAUCUGCUGAUCGAGCGAUUCGGCCAGGAGUUCGAGCCCCACUUGAAUCUGAUCAACAAGCCGCUGGCGGCCAAGAAGCCGGUGAAAAAUGUGAUUCGACCGCGUUACUACUCCUCAGAGCUGGGCAUCCGGGAGAAGCUCUUCAUCGGGGUGAUGACCUCGCAGGAGCACAUCAACAGCUAUGCGACUGCCUUCAACCGCACCACCGCCCAUCUGGUGAACAAGAUCAAGUUCUUCAUUUACGCGGACAGUGUGAAGACCAACUACAAGCUGAAGAACAUCGUGGGAUUCACGGACACGCGGGAGAGCCGCCGGCCGUUCCACGUGGUCAAGUAUAUUGCGGACAACUAUCUGGAUGAGUACGACUACUUUCUGCUGGUGCCCGACACCGUCUACGUGGAUGCGCGCAAGCUGGUGAAGCUGCUCUACCACAUGAGCAUCACCUUUGACCUGUACAUGGGUGGCGCCCGCAUCGGCCUGGAUCCUGCCGGUGGCGGUGCCUCCGCCGAUGGCCAGUCGAACGAGGAGGAGGCACCCGGGGCCAGUGACCGCAACUACUGCUCCUUGGAGGCGGGCAUCCUGCUCAGCAGCAGCGUCAUCCGCAAGAUGCGCAACAACCUGGAGCGCUGCGUCCGCAUCGGGAGCACCAAUGACCACAGUGUCAACAUCGGGCGGUGCGUCAAGUACGCCAGUCGGGUGGCCGGUUGCCAGGAGAGCUUUCAGGGCAUGCGGCAAUUUAGCUACGCCUUGGAUGCGCCGGACCGUCGUCAUCGCGAAUUCAGCGAAUUGGCCAAGGAGGAGGCCUUUCGCAAUGCCAGCACCGUGUAUCCCGUCCAGACGCCGGAGGACUUCUACCGACUGCAUGCCUACUACUCCAAGCACCACCUGGAGAAGGUGCAGGAGCGGGGCUAUGCUUUGGAGCAGAAGUCGUACCGGAUUGCCAAUGGGAGUAUAUCGAACAAGAUUCUCGAGAUCCGGUGGCCACUGGGCGUGCCGCCACCGAGUGCGCCGGAGACGCGCCACGACAUCCUCACGUGGCAGCUGCUCAACGGGACGCACAGCUUCCUGCCCAACGGCAAUGCGGAGCAUGCGGUGGCGACGCUGUCGCGAAUCGAGGCGCUGGACUUUGCCAAGGUCCUGGAGAUAGCACUACAGUAUGCCGCACUCAAGCAUCCGCGCCUGAGUUACCACAGCCUGCACAGUGCCUAUCGGAAGUUCGAUGCCACACGCGGCAUGGACUACCAGCUGCAUCUAAAUCUGCAGGAGGGAUCGGGUCGCAGUCGCCGGCUCGUGGUCAAGAGCUUUGAGGUGGUGAAGCCACUGGGUCGCGUGGAGGUGGUUCCCUCGCCCUACGUCACCGAGAGCACGAGAAUUGCCAUGUUGGUGCCCGCCUUUGAGCACCAGGUGCCGGAUGCUCUCCUGUUUGUGGAACAGUACGAAAGGAUUUGCAUGCAAAACCAGGACAACACCUUCCUGCUGCUGAUCUUCAUGUACCGACUGAACUCGCCCAGCAAGGGCGACGAGGAUCCCUUCAAAGCACUGAAGACACUGGCCCUUGACUUGUCAUCUAAGUACAAGACCGAUGGCUCCCGGAUCGCCUGGGUGUCCAUCCGGCUGCCGGAGCAGCUGAGCGAGCCGGUGGAUCCGCAGAGCUGGCUGCUGCACGCCUCCAUGUACGGACCACGCCAGCUGCUCAGUCUGGUGGUUGCCGAUCUGGCACUGCCCAAGCUGGGCCUCGAAUCCCUCGUGCUGCUGGCCACACCAGGCAUGGUCUUCAAGGCGGACUUUCUGAAUCGCGUGCGCAUGAACACGAUACAGGGCUUCCAGGUGUACGCACCAAUUGGCUUCCAGAUGUACCCAUGCCGCUGGGCGCAGUUCUGCCGUGAGUGCGACACCUGCGACGUGAGCCAGAGCAGUGGCUACUUCGAUCGCCACAACCACGACGUGAUCGCUUUCUACAGCCGGGACUAUGUCCAGGCUCGCAAACUGUUACAUCCGCAGGGACUGCCGAUCAUACGCAACGACCUGGACAUCGACCAGCUGCUGCUGCAGCCUGCAGAGGAGACGCGACCACCGGGCGUGGAAAGCAUCCUCGAUAUGUUCGUGGCGGCACAGCACUCGGUGCAUAUACUGCGCGGAGUGGAGCCGAAUUUGCGCUUCGGCCAGGAUGUGCGAAACCACCUGGCUCGCGGAGGAACGCUGCCGCAUAGCGUGCCGGAACGCUGCGGUCGGGAGCAGUGCAUCCACCUGGCGUCGCGCAAGCAGAUCGGCGACGCCAUAAUACGCUACGAGGACAAAAGUAUUCUACACAAAUAGUUGGGAUCCGAUGGCUCCUUUCCAGCUCCAGCUCCAGCUCCUGCCUGUAAUAUCAUCAGUUCCUUUUUAAGAUAUUCCCAUUGUGUACAUGACCGUGUGAUUGAUUGAGCAGAAUGAAUGAAUGUGAUCUCUGUGUGUGUGUGUGUGCAUGAUAACUCUUAUACUCGCACCCAAGGCUUAAAUUAAAUCCUAUUCAGAGUGAAGUGAUGGUGGGACUGGGACCCAAGUAUAAGACCAGCAGCGGACCUAUCUCAAUCCGAACUUAGUGUUUAGGCCUGGGCGAUUCCCGUUGUUGCUUGCUUUAAAGUGAAACUUUCAAUGCUCAAAAAUGGUAGACAGCAAUUAGUUAGUUGGUUAGUUAGUAAUUAACGUAGCGUAGUUUUAGCUGCCAAAACUCGUAGGACAAAUGUGGGACACUUGUUCGAGCCAUUCAACAGACAUUCGAUUUUCGCAUGUAAAUACUUAGCAUACGCCACGAUAUCUCUAUUAACGAUUCCUAGUAAGUUACGCAGGCACCAUUGCACCAUUGACUCCUCUUUAAACGACUAGUUAAGCUAAGUGUUAUACUACUACACUAAUCUAAGUGAAACGAACGAUGUGGCUGUACGACAAAUAACCAGAUGCCGCCUUGCCUCAAAGUGUUACAAUCCCUCUCAAAGACGGUGUGCCAAAAAAAAAAAAAUAGGAAUUGCUGUUGAAAAACUGGUCUAAAUCGGGGAGUGCUUACUUUGACUAUGUUCCUCUUUAAAAGUUAAAGCUUAAAUCUUAGUAUCGGCUGGGUGAAAAUAUAAACCAUAAUUCUAUCGAAACUUUGCCCACGAAAUAACAAUCCAAAAGUAUUGCCAAUUGUCGGGGCUUUUGUGGCAACGAAGAAGCCCAUUGUAAAUAAAAAAUAUUAUAUUGUUAAGUGCUUGCCAGUUUCACUUAGCCGAUGUCCAUUGUUAGUGUAUCCAUGUUAUCCAUUUGACCAUUUGCCAGCACAUCAGUUUUAGCAUCGAAUAAGAAGUCUGCCAGUCAAAUUCUUAUCAUUACGAUAACGAGGGGAAAUCCGAUUAAUUUAUUACAAAAUUUAUUAGCUAUAUAUGUACUCGCAUGUACGCUCGUCAGGGUUUAUCCCUCUACCCAAACUUUUUAUACAUUUAGUCAUACUACUCUUUAGUUUACGUGUAGGAAUUGUUGUUAUUGCGGAAUAAAACAAAUUAUGAAUGUGCAUAUGUACAAUAAACAUCAAUGUUUUUUU